UAAAUCUCCAAGGACUAUAAGGGGAGCCCUGCAUGAGCAUCUUAAAUAAAUGCUGUUGUGGAUGUCUAGACAGCUAACAAGGCAGGUUUUGUAUUUACAAGGUGGAUGCUGACGAUGUCAUCACCAAAGAGGAGCAGAUCUUCCUACUGCUAAAAGCCAAGGCCAAGUGUGAGCGACAUCUGAAAGCCAAGGUGCCCAAGGUGCACGAUGGCUUUUGUCUUCCUGAGUGGGAUGGCAUUGUCUGCUGGCCAGAAGGCGUGCCAGGCAAAGUGGUGGCUAUGCCAUGUCCUGAGUACAUCUACGACUUCAAUCACAAAGGCCACGCUUAUCGCCGGUGUGACCUGAAUGGAAGCUGGGAGCUGGUCCCAGGCAACAACCGCACCUGGGCAAACUACAGUGAAUGUGCCAAGUUCCUCACCAACGAGACAAGGGAAAGGGAGGUCUUUGAUCGCCUCUAUUUGAUUUAUACUGUUGGAUACUCCAUCUCUCUGGGAUCCCUCACAGUUGCUGUCCUUAUCCUGGGAUACUUCAGGCGUUUGCACUGCACUAGAAACUACAUCCACAUGCACCUGUUUGUCUCCUUCAUGCUGAGAGCCAUGAGCAUCUUUGUGAAGGACGCGGUCUUGUACUCUGGGUCAGCUUUGGAGGAGAUGGAGCGGAUCUCUGAGGAAGACCUGAAAUCCAUUACUGAAGCACCUCCAGCAGACAAGUCACAGUUUGUGGGUUGUAAAGUAGCGGUUACCUUCUUCCUCUACUUCCUGGCAACCAAUUACUACUGGAUCCUGGUGGAAGGGCUCUAUCUCCACAGCCUCAUCUUCAUGGCAUUUUUCUCAGAGAAGAAGUAUCUUUGGGGAUUCACAUUAUUUGGCUGGGGUCUCCCUGCUGUAUUUGUUACAGCGUGGGCCAGCGUGAGAGCCACUCUAGCCGACACAGAGUGUUGGGACUUGAGUGCUGGCAAUUUAAAAUGGAUUAUUCAGGUGCCCAUCCUGGCAGCUAUCGUGGUAAAUUUUAUUCUUUUUAUCAAUAUUAUCAGAGUCCUAGCAACCAAGCUACGGGAGACAAAUGCAGGGAGGUGUGACUCAAGACAACAGUACAGGAAGCUGCUGAAAUCUACCCUCGUCCUUAUGCCUCUCUUUGGCGUUCACUAUAUUGUUUUCAUGGCUAUGCCAUACACAGAUGUGUCAGGGAUUCUUUGGCAAGUUCAAAUGCACUAUGAAAUGCUGUUCAACUCUUUCCAGGGAUUUUUUGUUGCCAUCAUAUACUGUUUUUGCAAUGGAGAGGUCCAAGCAGAAAUAAAGAAGUCAUGGAGCAGGUGGACAUUAGCACUUGACUUCAAAAGGAAAGCACGAAGUGGGAGCACAACCUACAGUUAUGGACCAAUGGUUUCCCACACCAGCAUCACAAAUGUAGCCACGAGAGGGGCACUUGCCCUCCAUCUCAAUACAAGACUUAUACCAGGGACCCUCAAUGGACACCGGAAUUUACCAGGUUAUGUAAAAAAUGGCUCUAUUUCUGAAAACUCCAUGCCUUCUUCUGGACCAGAGCAGUACAACAAAGACGAGGAGUACCUGAAUGGCUCUGGGCUUUAUGAUGGAGACAGACCCACAGUACUUGUUGAAGAAGAAAGAGAGACAGUGAUGUAAAGAGAGGAGGAGAAGAAGCAAAAGGAUGAGAAAGGUUCCUGGAGAGCAUUUAGUGGGCAAAAGAAUAUCAGGCCACGCAUCAGAUGCCAAGGAUUUCCAUACAGUUUCUCUGUUCGGUGGAACGAGAGGUUAAGUUAUAUGGGAAAAAAAAGUGAGCCACCAGUGUGGCCAGUGGUUGAUCACACACAUAUAUUCAGUGAUCUGAGUCUCCCUGGUGAUAAUGGGGGCAGGGCUGUCCCGAGGGCCUUGCUACCUGCUGAACAGAGAUACUGAGAGUUGGCGAGGGAGGGUUGCACAGGAGCACGUGGUCCUUUCACCUCUUGGAGAGCUUGGGCAGCCUGGGAGGGUGGGAGUCUCACCCAGCAGAGCAAGAGUCUUGCAAGAAAGGUACAGUGCCAUCUUCUUGCAAGGGUGCAAAGCCACCCUGGGCACCAGCGUCUUUGGUUCAGUUUGCUCUUUCCUCUUAAAGUCUGUCUGGUAACACACACGAGACCUACUCGGGGGGCUGUAGCUGCCCAUUCUUGCAGCCAAGAGCUCAGCAUGGAAGGGUCGGUACGACCAGCUGCCUGGGGCAUGUUCUUCCCUUGGGUAUUCCCACUGCCUGCCAAAAUGGUCCUCUGGGGUAGGCAGGGUUAACAGCUCAUGUUGCUAAGGUGCAGGCUGAAAACUGUAUUCUCCUUUCCCUGACCUGAGUCCCAGUAGCAAGCCAGAAACCAGUGUAAUUUUAGGAUGGAAAAUGUGGUUAUCAAAACGUGCGAAAAUGUCAUUCUUCCAGAUACAGCAGUGGAGAGAGGCCCACCCUGACUGCUCCCAGGCUGGCUGAGGCAGGGAGGGGAAUUUGGUUGUGAUCUUCACAAGACCUUAAUGAAGAGUGUGCGCCGGUGUCCGUGUGGCUAAAAUCUGCUCAGAAGGUAGCUAAAUGAGCCCUCCCUGUUUGCGGAAGCUCAUGGAAACAAGCUUCAGUCAUUUUUUUAAUCUUUAAAUUGAUGCUCAUUCUCCCCAUCUGAAUUUCUUGUUUCUCACUACUCCAUGCCCUCACAAGGAGAAAGACUCCAAAUCUGCCUGCCUCACCCAGAGGCAUAAGAUGCUGGAUACAGCCAGGCAAACCUACCUUCAUGAGAACCAAGGGCAAAAUUUGCUGGACAAAAAGCACGGGGAUUGCUCCUAGUAGGUCACCUUCUGAGCAUCUUUCCCAUUCUUAAUGGUGGGGUCAUUCAAAUGAGCCACACACACACUUAUGUGCACCUGGCCCCUGCCUUAGCUGGUGCCAAUGAGUAUAAAACUUCAACCAAAACCAUUGAGUUUGCCUAGAGAUGCUCAGAUGAGGAAAUGCUAUUGGGGUUGCCUCUGAAGGGAAGAGCACAAGAAAAAAACCUGCUUCCUACAAGAGAGAGAGACCAGGAAUAUUUUGUCCCUGUGCAGAGUUUUCCUUGCUGGUGGUUUUUGCAAGGUGCGCCAAAAGGUCGUUUUCUGACACACCUCAUGUCUUCAUCAGUGGCAAAGAGAUACAGCCUUUGUUGACCAACCGUGCUAUGUGCUGAGGCCAUUUCACACCAGCUGAGCAUUAGCAAAGGGUCUCUGACCAUUCUGAAGCAUGAUUGAGAAGUGUCCAGUACUACAAAAUUAGGAACAGUGACCAGAUUUCCUAUUGCAGCAAGUGCUUCCUCAAAGAAAGGACUCUGGCUGAGCCAGCCUGGAUCCUCUCUUCAGACCCUGUCAUAAUGUCACUAUUCAGUUCAAGCUGUCCAAAAGUCAGCCUCUCGUGGUGCUUUGUUUUGUUUUGUUUUCAUAUUUCUUUUUUUCUUUCUUGGUAAAUUCCAAUCACCAGAAGCAUUUUUACUCCACCUUACUGUUAUGCAAAUCGGAUAGAAAACAGGCCUUGGGGCAGUUUGCAGAAGUCCUUUAGGAUGCAGGUGGAACCUAUAGAAUAACCUAUUCUCUGUCCUGGUCCUUUAGAUAUGCUGCUGGGUGGCACCAACCAGCACCUCCGAGAUGUAUCCAAUCACUUCACCACUGAGACUUUUAAGUACGUAUUAAGGACAAACUUCCCCCAAAACUCUGAAGUUGGUCAGGAAGAGCUGCUGAGACCUUGACUCUGCUUUCUGUGUCCCACAUCAUCUUUAAACAGCCUCUCAGGUUAGGAUCCAACACCCAGCGAAAUCAAGGAGCAAACCUCCUCCCCUUGACAUCCCUGGGUUUUGGAUUCGGACCUGGUAGGGGUGUGGUGGCUAAGAGAUAGGUAGGGGAUGUGGUAGCCUCUGUAAGGCAUUGAAGCACCUCUCAACCAAUUGCAAACACACAUGAGCCAAUCUUUAAAAGCCAGUAUUUAUUUGUGAUGUUUGUUAUUUUUGUUUUGGUUUUGUUUGUUUGUUUUGUAUCAUUAGAAUAAGUCAAAACUCCUCAUAACCAUUUACCACCAAAUCAGCAGCUAUCGAAAGGACAGGUUUUCAAAGCAUAAUCUUUUUUUCCUGCUCUCUUAUUGUCACUGUUGCUAUUAUGAACAACAAUAUUCACAGGGACAAUGCUAACAAUGCUAUUACAGAGAAGUUAGGUAGCCUUGCCAGAGAAGUCAGCUCUAGUGAAAGCUUGGCAUGGAGACCUAACCAGCUCUGCAGAAAUCUGGGUCAUCCCAGACAUGCUCACUGCUCGCCUUUUCUUCACAGAUUUUGGCAUGGCCUCAGGAGGGAAUAUAAAGGGGGUAGAAGUUAUCACCAGUCAGCUGUCAAUGUGUACAGCUGCGAUAUUUACCAUCCCAUGUGGCUGAACCACCGAUAAGAGAGAAGCACAUUGAGUAUGCUGUCUCUGGCUUUCUAUCCAUCUAGAAGUAUGUUGUGCUUAAAUCCUCCAAGUACCUGCAAUGACCUUCCUGAUUUUCUCGCUCAAAGAUCACUUAGCAUCAUUUCACUGUUGGAACAAAGCAAAAGAAAAAAAAAAAAAAAAGACCAAAAAAAAAAAAGAAAGAAUCACCAAAAAACCCACUGGUGACUCACUGUUUACUUGUGCUUGUUACAGACACCUCAAGAUUAAUAAUAUUUGACAAUCACUUAGCAAAGUUCAAGGAAUUAGCAAAAACCAUAAAAUUAUUUAUAAACAAAUCCAAAACCCCUCGUAAACUGAAAUGCAUUCAUCACUGGAUUACUUAGAAUAAAUGCUUAAAAACUGAUGAUAAAUGGAGAUAAAAAUUACAUGCACAAUGGGAAGAAAUUUUUUCCUGAUCUUUUCACAUGCAAAUCAUACAUAAUAGAUUCUUUUUUCUUGGUGUUUCAGUGUUCAUGAAAAAAGGAAGAUGCUUAUACCAAAACAGGGGAAUAAUUUUGCCUUUAAACUCACGACAGACUGUGAGGCAGACUGUAUAUUUGUCAAAGUCUGUUCCUAUCUGUCCUGUGCUGAGUGCUGAGAUUGCAGAAAGUGUUGACUGAGUGCGUAGGCUGUGCUUUGUUAGGUAGAGAUCCAAGGACAUCCUCCAUUGAUUCUCUGAAACAGAGAAGAAACCACCAUUUGCAGUUUGAAUUUGUGCUGGAAGGGCAGGCAGAGUGGUCCUGCCAGUGCUUAGCCAAAAGCCUCCAGAUCUGGAGUGCGGUCACCUUCACUUUUCUCCAUCACCGGGAGAUGCAGGCGCUUCUCAAGGACAAUUUAUCCCCAUCCAGAGAUCUCAUCCUAAAAAAAAAAAAAAAAAAAAAGGAUGGAGGAGGAUAGAGAGCAGGUGGCUGUGGAGUCAGGAUGCAGCCAACGCUUGGGUAGAGGGACUUUCACAAAAACCCACCUAGGAGGAGGCAAAGGCUUGGAGGAACUGAUUGUCUGUAUUUUUCCAGUUUUUCUUCCACUGUGUCAGCUUUGUUUCCUUUUUCUUCUCAUCCUGUAAAGCAUCUGGCUGUAUCCUAUAGCUCCUCUUGCUUCUCUAAGCACACUGGGGAGAGGUCUCCUUGCCCAACUUUUGGGUGGCUGUCCUCUUCUCCAUUGCCACUGAGGUGCUGGGUUUGGGCAGGGAAUCUCAACCCCUGGCAGGUUUAAAUCAUGGUACCCAGCCCAGCAGCACCUUCUGCUGAUGCUCCUGAGUCCCUUUUCCCUUUUCCCCUGAAUAAGUGCAGAUGAGUGAUUUUACACCUUCUAUAAACUGCUUUGUCUUGGUGCAAAUGAGAUUAUGUCUUUUCCCAUUCCGCACCAUUCCUCAGCUCUGCUCCAUCCUGUCCAACACAUAUCAGAGCCAAAAUAUUGACAAAGUUCUCCUGAAAACUGAACUCCUCAGCCAGGGAUUAGCAUCAUUUUUUUGUUUAUGGGCAAUUGGCUGAAAGCUGCAGAACAUCCACAGUGCUGGUAAAAUUUUUCAAUUUUUUUAAAUAUAAAAAUACGUUAGGAGUGAAGAUCCAAUUUUAUUCUUGGUUAUUUUUUUUGAUUAAUUCUAUGACUGGCUUACAAAUUUUUAAACUUCAUAAUCUGAUCUUUUAAAAAGUUAAGAAACCUCGGCUAUCAUUUUGGUUUUCUUUUGUUGUUGUUGUUGUUUUGUUUUGUUUUUUCACUGGCUGAUUUUCCUGCACAACUUCCACUCAGAAUUGAAAAAACAAUCAUGCAGAUUUUAUGACAUUUUAACUGUAACAGGAAGAAAAAGAGAGAAAAAAAAAUAACAACAAAAAAAAACUGAGACAGCAUUUUCCAGCCUUUGGGGUUAUGGGUUUGGUGUCUGCCUCCUCAGCCAUGUAUCCUAUGUCAUAAAUGGGCAUUGCACUGGUGGCUGCAAGUUGUAAAUUGCUCAGCAUGUGAGGAAGCUUUGUUUUAAGGCCAUGAGCAGGUUAAGGUAGGUCUUCACCAUGGCACUUUCCAGCUGACAGCACCAGCUGGGGGAGAAAUCAUGUUGCAUCCUCAGAGAGGUCUAGGGAAAUUAUUUAUUUUUAACAGUCUUUAUGCUGGAACACAUUUUGUGUUUGAUAUUUUUAAUUAUUAUUAUUUUUACUUCUAUUUUUGUGUUUAAUUUUUUAAAAUUAUUAUUAUUUUUACUUCUGUUGCUGAUGAAUUGCCACAUUCUGCAGAGUAAAUAGAGGACAUAUAUGAUAUUCCUGGCCAGCUACAGAGCUUUUCAGGAACCCAGUGUCACUCUCCAGACAGAGUAGAUUUUAUAUCCCAUUCCUCUAGGGUGUCUUGAAAUGAGAAAAAUAUUAAAUUGUAAAGGAAAUGAGUUUGCGAAAGACCCUAUAAAUAAAUUUCCAUCAUGGAUUGGCCAGGUCUGUCUGGAUUUGCCUGGAAAACAUAAUGGUUCAUAAAUUGUAUAAGUAAAAUAAGGAUCAUGUCCAUCUCUGUGGACAUUUGUUGGAAAGCAGUCCUCCUGGUUUUGCCUACAGAAGUGAAAGGUUGAGCCCCCUGGACAACAAAUUCUGUUGGCCCAAAAUAACGUGUUGUUCUGAGGCAGCAAAUCCUGCCAUUUGUACAAAAGUUAUUGGGCUUACCCUGUUCCAUCCAGGCUAUUUUUGUGGUCUCUCAUAAAAUCAAACUCAAGCUUAGCUCUUAGCUAAGGGUGGGAGAGCAAAAGAAAGCAGAGGUGAGUUGUUACAAAGACAUGAUUAACUAAAAUGUACUAAAAUAAAACUUCAUCAUUACAAUGGUAAAAAAAAAAAAUAAUCUAAGAAACAAAUUAAAUUUUCUUAUUUGCUUUUGCUCAGAAAAAAAAAAAAAAAAAAAAAAAAAAGAUAAAGGUUGAUUUUUUUUUUUCCCCCAAUAAUGAGCCAUUACCUGAUCAAUUGAGCCAGACACCUGGUCUCGUGUUUCUAUGUGCUCCAUGGGAUGCAUGGAAGUGUACAGAGAUGUGACUGAGAACUCACCUGUGACCAGCUUUUGGUCAUGUAAAGCUCAGAGACAUCAAGCCCAGCUAAACCAAAACCAGUGACCUUGUUCUGGAAGUCUUAGCCAGAAAUAUUAUUCAUGAGCUUCAUUUCGUGGUUAGCCACAAGUUUAUUUGCUGUCUAUAUAUCAAGCCUCAUAAGAGGCAAAAUGUGUCCUAAUCAAGGUACUUCUUUAUUCAGGCCUGAUAGACAUCUUCACUGGCUCCUCUUUGGCCUGUAGGUGGUUUUGAUUAUUUUAGAGCAGGGAUCUUCUACUGAGAGUCCAGCAGGUGCAGGUGAGCCUGAGACAUGUGUUUUUGGCAGUGCUAGCAGACUGUAGCACUAGUCUGGGUGGUGGUCCAGGUCUGCAGAGGGGAUAGGACCAGCAACAGUUUUAGGUCUUCGACAGUGCUUCUCCUUAGUGGGCAGAAAAGACCACAGCAAGGACUAGCAGAGUGGACACCCCUGUCCUUCUAUCCCAAAUUCAUGUUGGUUGGGGUCCUUCUUUACACUUAGCUCCUAUUUUCCAACCUUGCCCUAGAAAAGAACCCCCUAAAUCUCACCUAAAGAACUCAGUCAGGCAUUUCAUUUUCCAUUUUAACUGGAUGCAGACUCAGGGUUUUUUAAUGGCUAGGAGCCAAUCUCAACUCCGAGAUUCAAAACCAAUCUGGAACAUCAGGAGGGGAAAACAAUUUGCUCAGAUCGGCUGCACAGCACCCUAGUCACAUCACAUCCAUCACACAGGGCUCAGAGCACAGGCACCCUGGCAGAGCCGAAAGGUUGGGCUGCCAAAACUGUCUUUUGUUCGCCAUGAAUUUUUAAGGAAAGAGCACGGAGAGUAAGAAAAAAGACUUGCUGUCUUUGCUCCGCACUUAAGAAUGAUUAUAAACAAUAAAAUAGUCAUAAUAGGUUAUUUUUUUUUGUCGUUUAUUUCAUCAGGUUCUGUUGAAUGCUCUAAUGGUUUCUGUGCAGUGUCUGGUGUUCUGGCUUCUCCUGUGUGGAAGGAGUUCUCUGUGGUGGAGGGAAUAGAUAUAAUGAGCGGACGGAGUCAUUCAACGCCAGUCCCUAGGGCAGGACAGUUAGAAACAGACCUGAUGUUGAUUUUAUGUUCAUUGGCAGAAGGCAGGAGCUACUCCACUGAAGUUAAUUGAGUUAACUCGGUCGAAUGCCAAGGCAAAACAGAUCUGAAUCUAGACCACAGUUCAAGACUCAUUUGCAAUUUGCAUAAUGGAAUUAAAAUAAAGCUUCCAACUGUAGCAACAGAAAUACUCUGCUGAGAAUUAGACACUGGGUUUGCUGUUUGGGAUUAAAUAAAAUGACACCCAAGGCAUCAGCCAUCACAUAAAGCAAACGUGUUUUAUCUCUGCUUGUCCAGAUUACUCUAUUCUCCCCGCGGCCAUGCACUGUGGUCACUUAGCCAUUCUCAGCUGUUUUAACUAGUAGGGAUUUUUCUUAGCUCCUUCUUUCUUUUUUUCUUUUUUUUUCUUUUUUCCUUUUUCUUUUUUUUUUUCUUUUCUUUCCUACUUGCAUGGGAAUUCAGAUCCUCCAAGCUUUCACGCCAGCUUUCAGGUUUCAACUAGCCCCGCAGUUUACAAAGUUCAAGAUAAUAUCAACAUUUUGCCAGAAUUUGGGAAGCAAGUGGGAAAAAGAGUGUGAGAAGCUAAUGGAAGUCAUCGGGGAGCGUUAAAAGAAAUAUCAAAUAAGGUUCAGUGAAACCUUUCCCACGGGCCAGGGAAAGGUUUGCAAACCUUGGCACAGCAUUUCAGCCUCCAAUUGAACUCACUCGUGUUUUGCUCAUAGAAGAUCUUGAGACAUUCAUUAUGACCUGCAAAGCUUACGCGAUGUCUUUCCAGUGUCUGGGGGCUUGGGUUUAAAUCUGGCACACUGCUAUCAGAUAUUCUAUUUUAUGAUUAAUUUAAAUUUAAUGCUCUGGUCUGCUCAGGUAGUUUAUGUGCCCUUCUCUAGGUCGGUCCAUCCAUGUUGCUUUGGGGCACGCUUGCAGAACUGUUCCUUGAGCUGCCUUUGCAUCUGCGGUGUGUUAUUGUACCAUCUGGGGCUGUCGCCUGUUUGAACACAUCUCCUGAUGGCAUUCAGCACUGAUGGGCAGUGACGCUGCGUUGUAAGGGAGCCAGAGGCAGCGUUUGCAAAAACAGAGCACAACAAACUUUGUCCUAAUUCGGAACGGAUUCGUAAGACUCCAGUGAGGCAGGGCAGGGCUGGAAAUCAGCUCAGAGUCUGGCACACAGCACAGGGGCCAGGAACAAAAGAAAAAGUGAAGGAAGAGCUGACCCAGAUGAACAUCAGUAACCAGGGAGUCAUAAAUCUGGCUUCUUUUCAGGCAGACCUCCCUGUCCAGCACAGAUUUAAUAGAGAUGGGCUCUACUGCACGAUGACACUUUCUCCGCAACAGGGUAUGUCUUGAAAAAGCAAACGAGGACUUUAUCAAAAUCUGUGCAACUUUCUCUUCUUCUUCAUCCUCACUAGCACUUUUUCUUUCUUUUUUUUUCUCCUGAAAAAAAAAAAAAAAAAAAGGAUACAUUAGAGCAGCCUCAGCACAAGGACCUGGUAUUCAAACACAUUUCUCCUGGGUCCCACAGAGUAAUUUUUCCCUGUGACCAUAGCAAUUGUUUUCUUGGCAUAUGAUCUCAAGAAUUUGAUAGUAUUUGGUUAUCUUCCUCAAAGCAAGAGUUACUCAUUCUGGGCACAACACAGAUGUGCUGGCAUUGAUAUGGAAUGAAAUCCUGACCCCAUGAAAACCAACACCAAAAUGCGUGUUGAUUUCCAUGGAGUGGGAUUUACCCUUAAAUUCUGAGGAGGAAAAAGAUAAUGAUUCAAACAAAUGACCUUACCCUUCCCUUGUCCCCAAAACCUUGUUUGCCAAAAAAACAGAAAGCAGAGAUCAAGUGGCAGAAGAUGGUCUGAAUGGCCAGAGUCUCCUCUCUCAAAAUGCUUCAUGAGUGACAACAUUGGGCUUUUGUAUUGGGGUCAGUUUCUACAUGUGGGGAUUUAGGGCAUGGUAUCUUGCUAGAAAAAAAAAGGCAUGGGAUUAAAAUAUUUGAGAUGGAUGGGAUGAGUAUGCACCGGGUUUCCAAAAUGCCUGAGCCUACGUCCUCUGAAAUAGAGAUACAAUAACCACAUGAAAGACUACUUAAAAUGAGCUUUAAUGAAGGAUGUUCUCCAAACAGAGCAGACCUCAGGUACCUAAAACAGAAGACAAAACAAUGACUUCACCAGGAAAGCAGCAUCUAUUUAAACCAGAGCAUUACAACAGGCAUGGGCCCUUCUAAAUAUAGAGCUGGAUGCUUCCUGCCAGGCUGAGCUUUUACCUUUUAAUUUUCCUCUGUCUAAAUUAAUCACUCUUCCUUGAGGGCUGCGGGGAAGGAUAAGUAAGAAGCCGUUUGCUGUUGGAGGUGAAAUGUUUUAAAGGACGGGUUGUGUCAGGUAGAGCUGGUGGCAGAGAAAGGCAUUUGGUGGCAGAAGAGGAAGGACGGGUGUAUCCAAGCAUCGUCUCCCAUCCCCAUGUUCAGAAACACAACGUCAAUCUCUUGCCAUCUGCAUGAGCUGGGGCAUGCACGAAGAGACAGACCUGCUGCUAAAACUCCUUGCUUCUUCUCAGCAACUUCAGGGUGACCAAGCCAUGGUGGCGAUGGGGUGUGGGCAUUAGAAAAAGGACUCGGCCAUUCCUAGCAGUCAGCCAAGCUCGGUCCGACACAUCUGUUUGGGGAAUAUUGGCUCCUUUUCUUCUAGUGUCAGCAGGAGGGAAAAAAUUUGGGUGUUUUCUUCCUCCCCACACACAAGUAAUUUCACUGAAGUGGUUUUGUAAGACCUUAUUUCACUUCAGAAGAGGGACAAGACUGAAAAGCUAAAGGACAAAACUGUGAUUUCUUUGUAUGUGUUACGAGGACAUUGCCUUGUGUGUGUCGUCAGGCAGACAUUUGGUUUACAUUCCUCCACUUCUGCUUUCUGUAUGGACCAAAGUAAUGAGCGGAAAAUGACAAACCACAGGUGUAUGUAAAAAGGGAAUUAAAAUAAAAAGAAAUCUUUAUUGAUUCUCAUAAAA